AUGCAAUCUCGUCCGGAUCUACUCAGCACUCGUAAUUGGACUGAACGCCGAGUCUUACGCUCCCAGCAUUGCUUACCAGUCUGCGUUGUCGUGAAUUGGGCGCAGAUUGAUUGGGUUGUCUCGAGGCAAAUGUCUUCACUUGACUACACAAACUCACGAAGAGCCUGUGAUCUGUCUUUGCCCUCUGUCCCCUCCGAUUUGGCUAAAGUUUAUGGGAAAAAUGGUAAUUAUUGCAUUAUCCAGUCGGUCUAUUCGCUCGGCCGGAAAUGUUGGCUCGAGGUCGGUCUUGACAUCUGUCACAAGACGUGUAACCGAGGCAAACCGGAUGUUGAUGGCAGUGUUGCUAGCAUAUUGUGGUUCGUUGGUGCUCGUCUCUGUGCUCCUGUAUGCCUGCACACCGGUGUACCGACUAUCGAGACCCUUGCUUAUCCAGAUCCCUUUCUUGAUCGUCAAGACUGCCCAGUUUUCGGUACAACUUCUCGAAAACUGAUGUCACUUGAACUAGCAUUCACCUCUUUCCGGAGUUUGGUAACACACCGGACAGCAAGUCUUCACCUCCAGUUCCUCCUUCUCCCUCGGGCAAUACAACCUCGGCGAGAGACAAAGGCCCAGGCUCUCGGCGACUGCCGAAAAGGGGGUCUUCUGCUUGGCUCUGCUGGACUUUCAACAGGCCGUCACCUCAACUGGGCCGAAGGUGUGUCGAUCAAAACGAGUGAAGAGGGCAAUUGGGCUCUCGGCGGAAAGGAAACAGCCCAACAUGGACAGUCGGCUCGAGGAGGCUGGACUGGUUAUCCGGUCCUCUCGGUGGCUCGGGGGCGGGACAAGGAAGUUAUGUGCCUCCCAUCCUCUCGGCUAAUGGGGAAAAUGUGGGAAUUCAGGCAUGACCGAAAGGCUUUCCUGCAUUCCUCGCUCGUGUCAAUUACAAUGAAUGAGAUUAAUAGUGCAAUUGUCGGUCCAAUUUGUGCCAAGAAUGGUGGAUCGGAGCAUGCCUCUUUCCCUUCAUGA